AUGGUGAAUAAAAUCACACUCACUCUCUUCCUCAUCAUCAGCAACAACAUCUUCACCGGUUACGCCGACACCACCACCUGCACUGGCAUCCACAUCCAAAACUCAUCCACUUCAACCUGCACUUACAUAACAACCACCACCAGUUGCAACCCAAAAGGCUACAUCAACUACCUCCAAAUAUACUACUGCAACUUCUCAUCCUUUCCUCAAGCAGGUUUCAUCCUCUUACUCAUAUGGCUCGUUAUUCUCUUCUACAUACUAAGCAAUACGGCGUCGGAUUACUUCUGCCCAGCAGUCGAACACUUGUCCAAUUCGUUAAACCUAUCUCCAGCUAUCGCCGGAACCACUCUUCUUCCGUUAGGUAACGGAUGCACCGACGUUUUCUCCACCGUGAUAGCGUUCACGACCACCGCUGACGGCGGUGAUAUCGGUCUUAAUAGUGUGUUAGGUGGAUCUAUUUUUGUUACCACCGUUGUCGUCGGAGUUAUGAGCUUGCUGAUUACGUACCAGAAAAAAGUUGUGGUGGUUGAUAAACCUAAUUUUAUCCGUGACGUUGUGUUUCUUCUCGUGACACUCACGAACGUUCUCGUGAUUGUUAUUAUUGGAGAAAUUGGUUUAUGGUUGGCGAUUGUGUUUGUUUUGACUUACGUUGUUUACAUUCUGUUAGUUUGUUACAUCCAUUUUAUCCACCAGAAGAAACAGAAACAGAAACAGAAACUAGUAUUUGGUUCGGUUAAUGAUGGUAUUGGUGAUGAUCAUGUUAUUAGGGUACCAUUGUUGUGUUCAGUUGAAGAAGAAAAUGUUGUACAUCCUGUAGAAAAAGUUGUACAUUGUGAAGAGCAAGUUGUAGACAGAAGGAGUGUUGUGACUAUUGUCAACCUUUUGCUAUAUGUUGUCAAGUUGCCGGUUUACUUGCCAAGAAGGGUAACAAUACCAGUGGUGACAAAAGAAAGAUGGUCAAAGCCCUUUUUGGUAAUUUCAAUGGUGUUGGGACCACUAAUGGUGGGUGUAGUUUGGAAUACAAAAGAGGGGAGUCUUGGGUUGAAGGGUAGUUUGGUGACAUAUUUUGUGGUGGGUGCAAUUGGGAUUGGUUUAGGGACUUGUACAUAUGCUUUCACAAGUAGUACUAUGCCUCCACAAAGGUGUUUGGUGUUUUGGUAUGCUAGUGGGUUCCUAAUGAGUGUUACUUGGACAUAUGUAACUUGUAAUGAGUUGGUGUCUUUGUUGGAGUCACUAGGGAACAUCAUAGGAAUGAAUCCUGCAAUCAUAGGGCUUACUGUUCUAGCUUGGGGGAACUCAAUUGGGGACCUUGCGGCCAAUGUGGCUUUGGCUAUGUAUGGUGGGCCCGAUGGGCCUCAGAUCGCGAUGUCAGGAUGUUAUGCCGGGCCUUUGUUUAAUGUUCUUAUUGGUUUAGGGUUUUCGUUUGUGUUUGUGUCAUGGUCAAAAUAUCCUGCUGCGUAUGUCAUUCCAGAAGACCCGAAUUUGUGUGAAACUAUAGGGUUUUUGAUGGUUGGAUUGCUUUGGGCUCUUGUGAUUUUGACAAAAAGAGAGAUGCGACUUGAUCAUACGCUUGGAGGUGGACUCUUGGUGAUAUAUUUGUGCUUCUUAUUCAUUAAGCUUGCUAGGGCUAUUGGUUUGCUAGGUUAA